AAAAAUCUUUGUGAUUUUUUUUCAAGAAAUAAAUAUAUAAGUUGUCAGUAAAGACGAACACAUCAAGUCAGCUGUUGUGCUGAGGGAGAGACAGGAGUGCCACGUAAAUGUUUAUGGCAGAUACCAAGAAAUUGGUCUCUAGAGGCUGGCUGUCUUUAAGAGAAAAUGGCAGUUAAAGUACAAAAUAUUAUAUCAGCAUGGAAGUCAUUUGAAUUGAUCAUGGUUCAGAGAGAACUUGAUGUAACUGCUUCUGAACUUGCAACUCGUCAAGAUGAAUCUGAAGAAUCUCGCAAGAAAUUAGUUGAACUGUCAAGAGACUUCAAGAAAAAUACAUCAGAAGAUGUUCGCAAACAAGUAGCUCCCUUACUGAAAAGUUUUCAAACAGAAAUAGAUAAUCUGAAUAAAAGGAGCAAAUUUGUGGAAACUGCCUUUUUACAUGUAUAUAAAAAAGUGAUUGAUAUUGCAGACCCACUUCCUACCCUAGAAUACUGUGCUGGUCUUGAAAAGAAAGUAGGACGUCUUGCUGAUUUGGAAAUUGAAAAUAAGAAUCUUAGGGAAACUUUACGCGAGUACAAUGAAGAAUUUAAAGAGGUUAGGAACCAAGAUGUAACCAUAAAAGCCUUAAAAGAGAAGAUUAAGAACUAUGAGGACUUAAUGGAUGAUAAUGUGCAGACUAAAACCAAAGAAUUUGAAAAGGAAUUAUCCCGCCAGUUUGCAGAGAAAGAGAGGUUGCUUCAUGAAACGCAGGAAUCGGUAAUGAGACGGCUACAGGAUGCAGAAUCAAGGGUUCAGACACUACAGUCUACUUUAGAUCAAACUCAGUCAGAAUUAUUCGAAUUAAAGAGUAAAUCAGAAGAGUCAAACUUUGCAAAGUCGGAUGAGGUUGAUAUUCUAAUGAAUGAUCUUGAACGUGCUAACCAGAGAGCUGUAAUAGCUGAGAAAGAGUCUGCACAGCUAAAGGAACAUCUUAAAGCUUUGUCAGUUGCUCACAGUUCUCAUAUAGAUAAUGUGUCUAACUGUUUGUCAUCCACAAAUAAAAUUGAGUCAACAGCUGAUAAUUUAGCAAGAUCAUCAUUAGAAAUUGAACUUGCUUCCAAGGACAAAGAGAUAUCCCAGCUUGUUGAAGACAUUAAACAGUUACAACUUUCCUUAGAUACCCUAAGAGAAACUUAUUCAAAACAGAUUGUGAAUCUUGAAAUGAAAGUGGAACAGGAUAAGCAAGUCAUUGCCAAAUUAGAAAGCAGGAUUGAAAAACAAAAAGAUUACGAUCAGAUAAAAAGAGAGUUAAACAUAAUGAAGUCUGUUGAAUUUGGCGUAUCAUCAUCUAGUGUCAAAGAGGACAGUAUCCAUGAGUCAUCAACACCACCUAAGCCACUGGAGAUCCUCCUCCUAGAAAAAACGAAGGCUUUACAAAAUGAGAACACUAUGCUGAAGCAAGAAACGACAAAUAUAUCUGCAAAAGUUUUAGAGGCAGAUCAAGAACUUGCAAAUCUGCGUGCUCUUGUAGCAGAACAGAAAGGAUUGAUUAUUCAUUUGGAAUCAGAUUUAUCCUCAGUGCAGUCACUUUCAGCACUUUACCGUGGAGAAGGUGAGGGUUCUUGUAUGCCAGAGAUUGUAGCUGAGGCUGUCAGAGCAUCCACUAGCAGCACCCCCCCUCUGUCAUUCCCUGCUUCAAACACAAAUCCACCAACUCCUACACCAGGGGGAAUUCCACCAGACUUCACAUCCGCUGCUGAAUCUCUCUUGCCCAUUGUAUCUGCCCAGAGAGAGCGCUUUCGUCAGCGAAAUGAGGAGUUGGAAGGGGAACUUACAGUUAAGGGGCAACAAGUGGUUCUUCUUCAAAACGAAUUGGACACACUAAGAGUAGAUAAUCUCAAAUUAUAUGAAAAAAUAAGAUUUAUUCAAUCAUAUCAAGGUAGACAAGCAAAGGAGGACACUGCAGCAGAAUCUCGCUAUAGUAGCCAGUAUGAGGAAGCCUUAGAUCCUUUCUCUUCAUUUUCUCGCAAAGAAAAACAGCGCCGCUAUGCAGCACUUAGUCCGUUCGAAAAAAUUACUCUUUCUUUGGGGCGUUUCAUUUUGAGCAAUAAAACAGCACGAACAGUUACUUUCAUGUACACGGCACUAGUGCAUAUUCUAAUAUUCUUAGUUUUAUACAAACUGGCUCAUACUGAAUCAUGCAAGCGAGAUUUUGCUUCUGAUUGCGCACAGAAAUUUGCUGAACAUAUGCAUCAAGUUCAUGGCCACACAAAUUUUCACCAUUUACAACAGUAAAUAGGUUUUAAAAGGAAACACAUUCCCAGUACUAAAGGUGCAGAUAACAGUAUGUCUAUCUAGCAUAAUCAUAAACUGUAUUUAUAUAUUUGUAUACAUACCCUUCCCCACUUCUGUGGGGAUUAUAGCUUUUUUUAACUGAAACAGUGAUGUUAUAUAUACAGUAUGUUAAAAUGUAAGUAUAGUAUGAACUCACCAGUAUUGGGAAACAUGUAGAUAUUUUCAAGUGUUGUCAUUUUAUUUAUAUUGUGAAGAUGAAAAUACACUAUGGUACUGUAUUUUUAGUGGCUUAGUUACAGUAAUGGGUGCUUUAGUGUAAUUGUGGCUUUGGUUCUAAUGCUUGAAGGAUACUUGUUGAUCCAGUUCAUGAGAAAUGUUUGUGUACAGUACCUGUACUUGCAAAAAAAAAAAAAAAAAAAAAAAAGUACCAUUCUGGAAUCUCUUGCACAAUGGUUCUAAAAUUUCAGAAGGUUAUAGGAAUAGCAACAAAUAAGGUUUUAAAACUAAGAGGUUGGGAAAACAUCAAAGGAGAGAACAAUUUUUUUUACCCUAAGUUUUAUCUUACAAAUAUACAUUAAUACAAAAACCAUUGAACAUUCAUACAUAUUAUACUCAUCAUAUACAAGGAAAAAUGUUGCAUGUCAUAUCUUCAUUGAGAAAUGCAAUAGUAAGUCUUGCUAGCAGUGAGUGAUGGUAAACAGUAGUAGAAGGUAAUAGCAUCUGUCUUAUCUAACUUCAUAAAACUGGAAAGAAACAGCCUAGUUUCAUGUACACAUUAUGCCACUUGUGUUGCCAUCUUCCCCAAUAAAAUCUAACAAAAAUGCACAUCUUGUCAUAAUACCAUUGCUAGCUAAGCAUGUCACUGUCAGAAGCUACUCUCCCUCCCACAUUCUCUUCAGUUACAAAAGCAAGUAAACUUAGCUACAUUGAAUACUUGCUGCUUGUUUAGGCAACAUAUCCAAUUAUUUCCAGCAGAGAAAAAUGCUGUCUGUCAUAGCUUGAGAAAAGAAAUGAAGGGCCCAAGAGCUCCAGUGCAUUAAAAAACAAAAAAAUUCUCCUUCCUUUUGGGUGCCUGGGUUAACGUAGCACCUAAAGGGAUUAUUGUAGUGAUAAAAAAAAAUCAGAACACAUGGAAAAUCUGCACCACUGUUCAAGAAAGUUUUGUCUUGGUUUACUAUGGGACCUCUGACAUGGAUGAGAAUGUGAAGCGAAUGAUCUCAAUAUUUGAACAUUUAUACAGUAAAGUGGAACCUUGGUUUUCAUGAUUAAUCCAUUCGAAAAAAUCUGUUGAAAACUGAAUCAUAUGAAAACUGAUGCAAUGUUUCCUGUAAGAAACAAUGUAAACCCAUUUAAUCCAUUCCAGACACUCAAAAAUAUUAACAAAAAAUACAUUAUAUAGAGAAUAACUAGAGUUUUACAUUCAGAAGGCAAUGAGAAAUAUAAUUGACUAAUGAAAUGGAUAAAUGAACAUUUAACAUCACUUUUACCUUUAUUGAAGACUCUUGUUGGCGUAUUAAAAAUGGCGAGGAGGGGAGGAGGAUGAGAGGUUAUUGUUUGGAAGGGGAAUUUCUAUCUAUAAGGAAUUCAGGUAUCAAGGCCCUAUCCAGGGUUACUUCCCUUUGUCUUUUACUGGUACUAGGCCCUGCUUGAGUCACGGGACCCCUGUCACACAAAAAAUCUGUCCAGAGAGGUCUGUUUCUGGCGUCUCUAAGAUUCACCUAAAAUGGGACAAAGCAUUGUUAUUGAACAUGUUGCAGACACGGCUUGCAACAGCUUUGUUAGGGUGAUAUUUCUCCACAAAACUUUGCAACUCAUUCCAUGCCUUAUUGUUAGCCUUCCACAUCACACACAAUUUACUCUUGAUGACAUUGUUUUUCUUGAACACUGGAAUUUUCAGAGUGAUACACCAGUAAAGGCUUCACUUUGAAAUCCCCACAAGCAUUACCACAGAACAAGAGAGCUAGCCAAUCCUUCAUAGGCUUGUGUCUUGGCAGUGCCUUUUCCUCCUGCAUGAUGUAGGUCCUCUUUGGCAUUUUCUUCCAAAAGAGGCCUGUUUUGUCACAGUUUAAGUCUAGUUGGGAGAGGAAUCCUUCAGCCUCUAUGUACUCCUUGAAUUCAUCAACAAAUUCUUCAGCCCCAUGUUUGUCUGAACCUGUAGCCUUACCAUGCUCUACCACACUGUGUAUGCCAAUUCGCUUCUUGAAUUUGUCAAACCAGCCUCUGCUGGCCUUAAAUUCACUAACAGCAGCACUCGUUCCAGGCAUUUUGUUUGCGAGAUCCGCAUACAUCUGCCUUGCCUUUUCGCAGAUUAUCACCUCCAAAUCAUCAUCAUCCACUAAGUGUUUUUCAUUGAUCCACACCAGUAACAACUUCUCAACAUCUUUGAUUAUUUGCGAUCUCUGUUUUGUUAGCACAUUUACCCCUUUCGCAAUGUGAGCUUCCUUGAUUUCUUUUUUCUUCGCCAGGAUGGAACUGAUUGUUGAUGCGGACUUCCCAUACAUCCUGGCAAGAUUGGCCAUGCGUACGCCACUUUCAUAAUUUGCUAUGAGUUAUUUCUUAAAUUCUGUCAUGUUUCUCGCCUUCUUUAUCAAAGGGCUGGCACUCGGAACUUUCUUUAGCCCCAUGGUGGCUUAUUUAGCAGUCGCAAUCAAUAAACAAGCACAAAAAACAGUGGAUUAUUACGAAAUGUUUCGGAUGAACGUGUGGGGUGAUGCUCAUCCAACGAGAAACAAAGGUGGACUGAGUCACGAACGCAUGGGAUGCUUUGUGUGGGUGCUCGAUUCCAGGAAAUGAGUGGCCAAGUCAUGUGGGCAGGUGGACAAGUUUGGUAUGGACCAUUUUCAACUGUACGAAAACUGAGUGGAUGUACAAAAACUGGGAUAAAACUUUGAUGAAAAAAGUCGUCGAAAACCAAAUCGUGUGAAAACUAGGGCAUAUGAAAACCAAGGUUUGACUGUGCAAGUAUAUGUGAAUUGCACUGAAUUGAUGUACAACUUAGACAAAGUUCUUUAAGCAAAAUUUCAUAUUGCUAAUCACUUCUGCCAAUAGACGUAAUGUUAUAAUUGGGAGUUGCAUUCCCAGACUAAAAAUGACCAGAGAAAUUGUGAAUUCCCAGAUUUAUUGUCGGAAACAAAAGCAUACAAGCAUCAGAAACGUAACUGGACAACUGGAGAUAAAUUAAACUUCUGACGGAUUCAGAAGGCACACAUGAAAAUUAAACAUAGGGCAAACUGAAUGGCAACAAUGAGUCCUGCUUUUAUUUGGAGGGAUUUUGAGCCAACCAGAGGGUAUGCAUUUCAUUAUAAAAGUUUGUGUUAGCGAAGUUUUGUAAUGUGAAUCUUCGUAAAGUGAGGACAGUCCUGUAAAAGGGAUGCUAUUAUGCGGUAUAAUCCUUAAAAAUGCUAAACCAAUAGAGAGAGUUUUGAAAUUUUAAUUGUGUACCACACACAGCUGCAUAUGUAAUUGGCCUAAACUGCACUUUUGAAAGGCUGUUAGAAUUGAAGACAUGCUACAGUAUUAGAAAAGGUAAUCUUUUUAAAUUUCAUAAGAAAAUAGUCCAGUUUCAAUAUGUAGUACUUCUAAUGUACUGAACAUUGAAUCCUUACUGUGUAUGGACACCCUGUUAAAUUAUUUACAAUACGUACACUGUGGAGGAGAAAUAGGUGAGUAAAUAUGUACACCCAAAGUCUAUCAUUAAGGCAAAUUUAUUACAUUCUCUCUCUCUUUUUACAAACUGAUUUGCUGCUGAAGAUAGAUUAUAGCUCGGUAUGCCUGCGCUGUGUACGCUUAAUCGUUUAACAGUGGCUCCCAGCCUGUGGACUACAGACCCCUGAGGGGCCACUGAGUUAUUCCAUGGGGACUGCAAACUUUUUGCAGCAAGUAUUGCUCAUUCAUCAUUUUUAGUGCUUGAUUUCCUCUUGUUUAUCAGUGAGUAUCCACCUCAUGUUGUGAGUACUGGUAAUGCCAGUCUCUCAGAUCUGGCAUCAGAAGAACUCAAAGAGCCUAAUAGAACUUUCAUGUGAUAGCUCUUUAAAGCUAUUUUUCACCCAAAAGCACAGUGUUGAUUUGGUUACAUGUAUAUUCUGAGUACCCAAAACAGUCUGAUAAGUCUGUAAAGUACUGGAUGCCUGUUCUUACCUGUGUUUGUGAAAAUGGAUUAUUUUGCUCUUGUUGCAUCUAAAUCAAAGUACAUACUAAAAACUGGAUGUGGAACCAGAUUUAAGGCCAAAACUUGAAUGGCUUCCACCAAACAUCCAGUCUCUGAAAGCUGCAAAGCAGCACCAGCUAUCUUAUUAAGUGACUUAGUACAGUAUAAUAAAUAAGCAAAUACUGUAGUGACUUAGUAUAAUAAAUUAGCAAAUAUACUGUACCUUCAUACUCAUACUCUUGCUGCUGUUGUCACCACUAUUUCAACUCCCAAAUAAUUAUUAUAACUAAAAUUGUAAAUACAGUUUUGUAUUACUAUCUGUUCAUAGUACCAUUGCUGUUUUAAUAUAGAGUUUUGUUGCUUACUCAUUAAGUUUAACAAUUUUAUCUUCAGACAGAUAUUGAGCUUAGCAUUCAAAUCAUCAAACUUCAGUAAUUUAAAGUUGAAUGGUUUUUACAACUCUAGUUUGAGUCUGCAUAACCAGGGGUUUUUGAAAAUUUGUGAAAUAAAUGCCCCAUAAUUUUGUAACAAUUUUGUACAUUUGAAUAGUUAAACUUGUUUGUUCUGUGGACUGAUUAAAUGAUGUCUCAUGUAUAUAUAAGCCAUUAUGUAUAUAUUUGUUGUUGUGAUAAUUAAAAUAUGAAGUUAUUUACAAGCAUUAUUUAUUCACAAUAACGACUACCUGUAUUAGCAUAUGAGGGUCCAAUGAUUUUUAUUGAGGCUCAAAAGGGUCCCUGUAUUAAAAAAUUUAGGCACAAAAUAAUUUGUGCUUAAACUUGCAUUUGUUGUAGCACCUAUUACCUUGUGUAUCACGUUCACAUGCUCUACAAAUUGUGAAGAAAGGUUGUCUAAUAGUCUUCCAGCACUUUUAUUCUCAGCUUAAAAUUGUACCUUCUGUUUUCCCUGUUGAUAGUGCCAAGAUAUCUUACAAUUUUUUUAUACAGUAGUCCCCCCAUAUCCGCAGGGGAUGCGUUUCGUGACCUACCGCAGACACCUGAAACUGUGGAUAGUAGCAAACCCUACAUAUAAAUCUUUUUUUGUUUACAUACAUACCUAUGAUAAAGUUUAGUUGAUAAAUUAUGCACUUUUUCACUGAUGGGAAGGAAUUCACGGCUUCUUAUAGGCUUUGAAGAACUUCCACCAACAUUGCUUUUGUGUUUUAUGGUCAUUAUUCAGCAAAAUUAAGGCUUAUUUUUGGGACAUGGCAAACCACAGAUAACUGAAACCAUGGAAACCAGAGACAAGGGUCCUUCUGUAUAUUUUAUGACCUUAUACGUGGUUGUUAGGUUUUAGUUUUCUUUCCAUAUCAGCCAACAAAUCCAUUUUUAGUGUUUUCAUUCUUAGACACUAUUCUUUUAUACCUUUGGUAGCCACUUUGUAGCUUGACUUUCACCCAGGGAGGCAUUACCAUCCACUCAUAUGGGUAAAACAUUAGCUUAAUAAAGUUUUUGCACUCUGAUACAAUUCCUGGCCUUUGCUUUCUGUCUUGUGAACAUGUAGAAGGUAUUUUUUUUAGAAACUUCUGCAUACAUUAGUGAUAUAUACUGUACAUUUAUCUUGAGUUUCCUGUUUAUUAAUAUCCUGUCAUUUCCACAGCACAGCUUUCUUUGUUUCCAAUGUGUUUAUAAUAUUUUUUAGUGCAAGUACUUCUCUCUCUCUUUCUCAUAUAGUUAAUUUAAUUAGCCCAUACAAACCACUGAAAAAUGACUACACUAUAGUAAUAAUGAAUUUAAGAUAAACACACUGAACUGUUUACCAUAAAAACAAAUCUUCAUAGGGCUCCAGACAUCUUACCUAGGGUGCAGCUGUUGUAUGACAUGGGAAAUUGCAGUGUAUUUCAAUAUAUGUACAAUUGUUAUUAGAUCUUGUGCAUUAAAUCAUUUCCACUUUUAGUAUGAAAUAUUUGCUGUAAUCGACAAUGAGACACAAACCAUAAUCUUAGAAUAAUAUACUGUAUGUCAGUUCUACAGUACAAUUAUGAUGCCAAUCACUGUAUUAUUCUGCAUUCAGUAAUGUUACUAGCUUUUUCAGACCAUUAUGAUCAGCACAGAUAAACCAACAUUUGCUACUGCUUUGGCUCACCCUAGUGACAUUAGCUACCCCACUUUCAGAUGUGUCCUCACACAGCAUUUUACCAUGUCUUACCUUAGUGUUGGCACCAUUGAACAGUUCAUCUCAUAAUUAUACCUGAAUCAUGUGAUUUUCCUGUACAAAUCACUCAUGUACUAUUGGAACAGUUAAUUAUCAUAAAAUACAGUAGUACCUUGAUAUUCAAACUUAAUCCAUUCCUGGAGGCUGUUCAGAUAGUGAGUUGUACAAAUAUUUAAUAAUUUUUUUCCCAUAAGUAAUGUUAAUUAGAUUAAUUCAUUCCGUAAUGUUUAAAGUGAGAUAUAUCCUUAAAAAAUUGAAUGAACUUAAAUCAGAAACAUAAUUUUGUAUAUGUAAAUUCUAGAUUCACUGAACCUCUAUAAAUGUAUCCCCUCAUGAAUUUAAGUAUUCAUCUACAGUGCUGUGGCAUGUUAACCUUACCAUGCUGUUUACAAUAGGUGUUUUUACCUUGUAGUUCUCAAAAUAUUGAAACUUGAAUAAUAUGAAAUCUUGUUAUACUGUCCCUUCCUCACACACUAACAUUAGGUUAUGACAGUAAUGAAAAUAUUAAAAUAGCUGACAGUUUGAACAGAUAUGCAGAGCUAUUCAAAAAUUGUGGUAAAUAGUAGCUCAGUGGUUAGGGCAUUCAUUUGGAAAUUGAAAGAAUGAGGAUUCAGUUCCUGAGUUGGGUGAGGCGUAUGGGUAAAUCUCCUUAUAAACUUUGUUCCUGUUCACCGAGCAUUACAUACUAGGUAUUAGUACAUUAUUAUUAUUAAUAUUAUAUUAGUGAAGUGCUGAAUCUGUAGGGGUAAUACAGCACCCAGGGAAUGGGAGGGUAGCUCUAAUUUUUUAAAUAAAGAAGCCUGUAGUGGAUGGCAUCAUGAUGGAUGGUAUACUUGGUAGGGUUGGGCUUUGAAAUGAGGUUGGAUAGUAGCUCUUAUCCUAUGAAACUAACUGCUAAAAAAAAAUAAAGUGAGAGUAAAAGGUAGAUGGGAUACAAGGAAAAUAGAAGCAGCAAGUAAGAGAGGUGAAGGUUUAUAAACUAAAGGAAGAGGCAAUUAGGGUAAGAUAUAAACAGCUAUUGGAGGAUAGAUGGGCUAGUUAGAGUAUAGGCAAUGGGGUCGAAGAUGUAUGGGGUAGGUUUAAGAAUGCAAUGUUAGAGUGUUCAGCAGAAGUUUGUGGUUACAGGAAAGUGGGUGCAGGAGGGAAGAAGAGUGACUGGUGGAAUGAUGAUGUAAAGAGAGUAGUAAGGGAGAAAAAGUUAGCAUAUGAGAGGUUUUUACAAAGUAGAAGUGAUGCAAGGAGGGAGGAGUAUAUGGAGAGAAAAAGAGAUUGAGAGAGCAGUGAAGCAGUAUAAAAAGAGAGCAUAUGAGAGAGUGGGUAAGAUAAUAUCAACAAAUUUUGUUGAAAAUAAGAAAAAGUUUUGGAGUGAGAUUAACAAGUUAAGAAAGCCUAGAGAACAAAUGGAUUUGUCAGUUAAAAAUAGGAGAGGAGAGUUAUUAAAUGGAGAGUAAGAGGUAUUGGGAAGAUGGAGGGAAUAUUUUGAGGAAUUGUUAAAUGUUGAUGAAGAUAGGGAAACUGUGAUUUCGAGUAUAGGGCAAGGAGGAAUAACAUCUUGUAGGAGUAAGGAAGAGUCAUUUGUGAGUGUGGGGGAAAAUUCGUGAGGCAGUGGGUAGAAUGAAAGGGGGUAAGGCAGCUGGGAUUGAUGGGAUAAAGAUAGAAAUGUUAAAAGCAGGUGGGGAUAUAGUUUUGGAGUGGUUGGUGCUUUUAUUUUAGAAAUGUAUGGAAGAAGGUAAGGUUCCUAGGGAUUAGCAGAGAACAUGCAUAGUUCCUUUGUAUAAAGGCAAAGGGGACAAAAGAGAGUUCAAAAAUUAUAGGGGAAUAAGGCUGUUGAGUAUACCUGGUAAAGUGUAUGGUAGAGUUAUUAUUGAAAGAAUUAAGAGUAAGACGGAGAGUAGGAUAGCAGAUGAACAAGGAGGCUUUAGGAAAGGUAGGGGGGGGGGUGUAGACCAGGUGUUUACAGUGAAACAUAUAGGUGAACAGUAUUUAGAUAAGGGUAAAGAGUUUUUUGUGGCAUUUAGGAAUUUGGAAAAGGUGUAUGACAGGGUGGAUAGGGGAGCAGUGUGGCAGAUGUUGCAAAUGUAUGGCAUAGGAGGUAGGUUACUGAAAGCAGUGAAGAGUUUUUAUGAGGAUAGUGAGGCUUAGGUUAGAGUAUGUAGGAGAGAGGGAGAUCAUUUCUCAGUAAAAGUAGGCCUUAGACAAGGAUGUGUGGUCACCAUGGUUGUUCAAUAUAUUUAUAGAUGGGGUUGUAAGAGAAGUGAAUGCUUGGGUGUUGGCAAGAGGUGUGGGGUUAAAAGAUAAAGAAUCUAACACAAAGUGGGAGCUAUUACAGUUGUUCUUUGCUGAUGACACUGUGCUUUUGGGAGAUUCUCCAGAGACAUUGCAGAGGUUGGUGGAUGCUUUUGGUAGGGUAUGUAAAAGAAGAAAAUUUAAAGUGAAUAUAGUAAAGUGACGAGGAUAAAAUUAAGUAAUGAAAGAUUGGAUAUCAGAUUGGAGGGAGAGAGAGCAUGGAGGAGGUGAAUAUAUUCAGAUAUUUAGGAGUGGACGUGUCAGCAGAUGGGGCUAUGGAAGAUGUGGUGAAUCAUAGAAUUGAUGAGGAAAAAAAAGGCGAGUGGUGCACUUAGGAGUCUAUGGAGACAAGGAACUUUGUCCAUAGAAGCAAAGAGGGGAAUGUAUGAGAGUACAGUUAUACCAACACUUAUAUGGGUGUGAAGCAUGGGUGGUGAAUGUUGCAACAAGGAGAAGGCUGGAGGCAGUGGAGUUGUCAUGUCUGAGGGCAUUGUGUGGUGUGAAUAUAAUGCAAAGAAUUCAUAGUUUGGAAAUUAGGAGGAGGUGUAGGAUUACCAAAGCUAUUAUCCAGAGAGCUAAGGAAGGGUUGUCGAGGUGGUUCAGACAUGUAGAGAGGACAGAACAAAACCAUGAUUUUGAGAGUGUAUAAAUCUGUAGUGGAGGGAAGGUGGGGUAGGAGUCGGCCUUGGAAAGGCUGGAGGGAGGGGGUAUAGGAGGUUUUGUGUGCGAGGGGCUUGGACUUCCAGCAAGCAUGCAUGAGUGUGUUAGGAGCCAAUGGAGACGUAUGGUUUUUAGGACUUGACAUGCUGUUGGAGUGUGAGCAAGGCAACAUUUAUGAAGGUAUUCAGGGAAACUGGCAAGCCAGACUUGAGUCUUGGAGAUAGAAAGUACAGUGCUGCACUCUGAAGGAGGGGUGUUAAUGUUGCAGUUUUAUAACUGUAGUGUAAGUGUACCUCUGGCAAGACAGUGAUGGAAUGAAUGAUAAUGAAAGUUUUUCUUUUUUGGGCCACCCUGCCAUGGUGGGAUAUGGCUGAUGUGUUAAUAAAUAAAUAAAAAACAUUAGAUAAGGUACAUUUAUAUGCACUACUGUAAAGUACUGCAUAUUUAACUAAAAGCAUCUGUUACUGGAAGUAUUUUAGUCAUUGUCAUAAUUAUUCAUGCUGUGCAAUGAUUUGUCCAACUUUUAAAAUAUCAGAGACUGCUAUGAUAAACCUUUAUUUUAUCAGACUUUUUAUGUGGUACUGAACUCAUAAUAAAUAAUUGUAGGUUAUGAUUGUUUUAGCAAAUAGAUUUUUAGAUAUUGCAUGUGUAGUGCCAAGUAAAGCUUGUGGCAUGGUGCUUUUGGGAUAGAUGGUUUAUCAGUCUUCUUUGGCAAUGUUUCAUAACUAGGCUUCACUAAAAGUAUUUUCAUUUCUAUUCAAACUGUGCACUCUGCAUGCAGGUUUUGGGAUUAGCUUUUGUAUAAUAUAACUUACAGGGUAUGUAAAAUGAAAAUAUACAUGACUGUAGUGUUCUUAGAUGGCACUGGGAUUGAAGUACAUAUAUUUAAGUAUCAAAACAAAAUGUACUAUUCAGAAUGGUUCAUUUAUGUCCUUGUAUAUUAGUACACAUGAAGAAAGUUAUUGAAUAGAGAUAAUUUAGUGCUAAGACCAUUUGCAUUUUAAUUAGAACACUAAAUUUUGUGAGCUUUUAAGUUUGGUGGUGUUUUCUGGAUAGAAUUUUAGUACUCAUUUCUUGAAAGUAUAGUUCUUUACUAGAAUACUGUAUCAGUGGUAGUGGUGACUUAAUUGUUUCUGUGAACAAGGAAGCUAAGUUAAAAUAUGAAUGGAAUGAAGGAUAAUAAAUUUGGAAGGAUAUUUCAUAGAUUAUGUAAAAGUGAUUUAACAUAAUUAUAAAGCUACCCUUGAAAUACAAAGAAUUGUAAUUUUUAAGGUGAAAGGCUAAAAUAAAAGAUGUGCUUAUGAAAAUAUUUUGAAAUUAAGUAACAUUUGUUUUGUGAAUGUUCUUCAGUCAGUUUGAAUGCUGUGUGUGUGUGGGGAAGUUGAAGGUUGAAUAUGAAGGUAGAUAACCAUCAUUCCGCUGUUUUUAUAAGUUGUUAACACUUGGUUCAGCCCACAUAUUAUAUUUUGAUAAUAAUGAAAAUGAAUAAAAGACCAAGUUAAA